CACACACACACACACACACACACACACGUUUCUUGGAAACGUCUCUGUUCUGGUAAAACAGCAGUAGAGGGUGUAGUCACUAGUUUGAAGCCAACAGAAGAGUUGGAUCUGAGAUCAAUCUUUGUCUUCUCCUCCAACUAACCAGAGUUUCAUUGAGGACUGGAGCUGAUGAACUACAGAACACAGCUUUUCUAAGAACAUCCAGGAAGAAGAGAAGAAAGACGAUAUGGGACGAAGAAGAGGAGGGACUCUGAAGAUUCUGUUACUGUUGACACUCUGUCUGCAUGCCUUCACUGGUCAAUGCCAAGAUUCAGGGCAGCCCUCUGACCUGAGGAUAGUUCUGAUAGGGAAGACUGGAUCAGGGAAGAGUUCAACAGGAAACACCAUCCUGGGGAGAAAGGUGUUUAGAGAAGACCUCUCCCCUGAGUCUGUCACUGUUCACUGUGAGAAACAGAGUGGAGUGGUGGAUGGGAGGAAGAUUGAUGUCAUCGACACCCCGGGGCUCUAUGACACAACAAUGUCUAAAGAAGAGAUGAAAAGUGAGAUAGAAAAGGCCAUCUACAUGUCAGUCCCAGGACCUCACGCCUUCCUGCUGGUGAUCAGACUGGGGAGGUUCACAGAGGAGGAGAGGAACACUGUGAAGUGGAUCCAGGAGAACUUUGGAGAAGAAGCAUCAAUGUACACCAUCAUUCUGUUCACCGGAGGAGACCAGCUGGAGGACAAAUCAAUGGUGGACUUUCUAAGUGAGAGUGAGGAGCUUAUGAAACUCGUCAAGGUUUUUAAGGGCAGAAAUCAUGUCUUCAAUAAUAACAAGAAGAAUGACAACAAUCAGGUCCCAGAGCUGCUGAAGAAGAUAGAGGAGAUGGUGAAGAAGAAUGGAGGACAACACUACACCAAUGAGAUGUACCAGGAGGUCCAGAGGAAGAUCGAAGAGGAGGAGGAGAGGAAGAGACAGGAGAAGAAGGAGAGAGAGGAGGAGGCGAAGAAGAAACAAGAGGAGGAGAUCAGAAAACGGGAAGAGAAGGCGAGAGAGGUGGAGAGGAAGAGACAGGAGGAGAAGAAGAAACAAGAGGAGGAGAUCAGAAAAUGGGUAGAGAAGGUGAGAGAGGAGGAGAGGAAGAGACAGGAGGAGGAGAAGAGAAAGGAGGAUAAGAAGAAACAUGAGGAGGAGAUCAGAAAACAGGUAGCAAAGGCGAGAGAGGCGGAGAGGAUGAGACAGCAGAGGACGAGGAAGUCGUCGUCAAAUGGCUUAUUGGGAUUGUUAGCAACUGUUUUCACAGCGGUGGUAGCAGGACCAUUAGCAAUUCCAGUUGGAGCUGCUGUAUUUGCAAAUGAAGUAGCUGAACAUUUAGACGACUCCGAUUAAAUGAGGAAGAGGAGGGAGUGUGAAGUACCACUCUCUUCCUCAUCUUAAUGUCAAGUAGUAGCAGUAGAAUAUCUUAAUACUGUACAAUGACAACCAUCAGUGUUUGUAGCAGUAGAUUAAUUAUGUACAAUGACAACCAUCAGGGAUUGUUCAUCACUUUCUAAUAUUAUCAGUUAUUUACCAUGUUUAUUAUUCAGAGUCUUAGGGAUAAUAACAUACUGUAGGAUGACAUUUAUAAUUCAACAAGAACAAACAGACAGAAAAAAUCUGAAAUCAUGUUUCAUUAACUCAGAGAUAGUUAAUAAGUUAGAAUGGGUAAAGAGAUUCUAGGUAUCUAGAUAUCUACAGUAUUGAUGUAUCUACCUUCCCUCCCUGGUCUGUGUUCUCUCUCUACCCUCCCUUUCUGGUCUGUGUUCUCUCUCUAGUAUCUCUCUACCCUCUCUUUCUGGUCUGUGUGCUCUCUCUAGCCUCUCUACCCUCCCU